CACCUGCCGAUCACUUGAGACACACACCUGAGCCAGGGCCGUAAUGUCCUGCUGGUUGAAGGACGGUGUGGUGUUGGAGGGGACAGGCAGUGGUCAGAUGUCGCCCCGCUCCAGAUUGCGAAGCCCCUUGCCGAGUCGGACGGCGAGAUUACAUUCAUCUAAUGAUGUGACCUCUCCUGACUCAGACACACAGGACAGAAUGAGCAAAGCUAAAGAGCUCUUUGAGCUCUGUGAUAAGGAGAGGAAAGGAUUCAUCACCAACAGAGACAUGCAGUGGCUUCAGCAAGAGCUUCCUCUGUCUCAUGAGCAGCUGGAAUCAGUGUUUGAGAGUUUGGACAGAGACAGAAAUGGUUACCUCACACCCCUCGAGUUCCACACGGGCCUAGGAGAGCUUGUUGGUUCUGGGCCAGAGGAGAGAUCGAGGAGCAGAGAUGGAGAGAUGGCUGGAGAAGAGAGAGUAGAGCCGAUGGAGAACCGAUUCACACAUAUCCUCAUGGAGCUGGGAGCUGAUAAACUCUUCAAAGAUCAGUGGGAGCUGUGUACUCUGUGGUGUGAGCUCCAGAGGGACAAACCUGAGCUGUUGGAUGUUUUGGAGGAGGUUCUCUCCCACACUGUGUCUAAUCUUCAGGACGCACUUAAAGAGAGAGACAAUUUAGAACAGGCACUGCACAGGAGAGAGGAAGAUCAUGACAGAGUGGUUCGGUCCAUGUAUGAAGACAUGGAGAGUCAGUUAAAAGAAGAGAGAGAGAAAAGACAAGCUCUGGACAGCAUGAAGCAAGGAGUCAAGAAAGAGCAGUUAUUGCAGGAGUUGCGUAUGCGAGAACAAGAACUUGAGUUCACGCUCACCAAACAGAGAGAGUUGGAGAACAGGAUUAACACUCUGAGCAGUGAUCAAAUUGACACUCGAGGGGAGAACCGCAGACUGCAGAACAUCAACCAGCAGCUGCAGGAUCAACUGGAGCAGAGCCGAGAGGAGCUUCAGCACGCUUUGAGCCAACUACAACAGCUACAGAACACCAUCAAACAACAGCAGAGGGGCAAAGAGAGAGAAGUCCUGAAAGUGUCCCGAAACAUGCAGAAGGAACGAGAAAGCCUCAUGAGACAGCUGGAUCUUCUCAGAGACAUGAACAAGCGUCUUCGGGAUGAUAAAGAUGCCCAACAGACACAGAAGAUGGUUAGUCAAAAACAGCCCUUCACUCCUUGCCCACCGUGCUGCUGUGUUCAUGCCUUCUCACAGAGGGAGCGCUCUAUUUACCCAUAUUAACCCUGCCUUUUCCCCAUAUAACAUUACCCACAAUGCAUACUGCUAAAUGUGAACAUCUACAUUCAUCUGGAUGUAUUUCUGUGAGUUUCCAUGAACCCAUGUGUCUAAAGGAAUUUGAACGUU